AGUCUACCUUUGAAUGGAAAUCACUGCGACCAUCUAAAAAGCUCCUCUGGGGCACCAGAUGGCCUCUUUGUAGGACAGAAAUACCUCUGAACUCCAAGGCAGCAUGAUGGAUGUUUAAAUCUGAGCAAUGAAGCCAAAGCCCACCCAGAGGAGGAGGCUGCUCAUCUGUGGGUCAUAUAUACUUCCCCACAGAGGGAGACCUUUUAUUAGCAGCUGAGUGAAGAGCUGAGGCACAGUGAUAAAAAACAGAAACACCAGCAAACAGCAAUGGCAUCUUUAGGGCUGCAGAUUCUGGGCGUCGGGCUGGCGGUGCUUGGAUGGAUAGGAAACAUACUGAUCUGUAUGCUGCCCCUGUGGAAGGUAUCUGCUUUCAUUGGGAACAACAUCGUGGUGGCUCAGACUAUCUGGGAAGGACUGUGGAUGACCUGUGUGGUGCAGAGCACGGGCCAGAUGCAGUGCAAGGUCUACAACUCCCUGCUGGCCCUGCCUCCAGACCUCCAGGCAGCCCGGGCCAUGGUGGUCAUUGCCAUCCUGUUCUCUUUGUUUGGCCUGCUGCUCUCUGUGGUUGGAGGGAAAUGCACCACCUGCAUUGGGGACAAAGCUGCAAAAGCCAGAGUGGCCAUCUCCGCAGGUGUUUUCUUCAUCCUGAGCGGGGCUCUGUGUCUUGUGACUGUGUCUCUGCCUGCUAAUACUAUCAUAAAGGACUUCUACAACCCCCAGGUUCCUGAUUCCCAGAGGAGAGAGCUGGGUGCAUGUUUGUAUGUGGGCUGGGGAGCAUCAGGACUGCUGCUGAUCGGUGGUGCUCUUCUCUGCUGUCAGUGCCCGUCGGGAAGAGACCGCUAUAAUGGAGCGAAGUACUCUCCGCCUAAAUCCACAACACCUGGGAAGGAAUUUGUCUGACCUGGUAGCUAUUUUUGAAAAGUGCCUGACUCAUCAUGCAGUACAAACCUGUUGCUGUCAAAGUGUGAUUUGCAUUGUGACUAACUCCUUUUAACUAACACACUGCUGCCUUUUGUUUCUAAAAGAUACAAGAAACUCUGAGUUAUGUGCCAUGUUAGAUUAAUGCAUCACUGAGUUGGACUGGAGUUUAGGUCAUUUAUUUUUACUCAGUCAUUGUUUUGUGAUAUAAU